GCUUCCUAAGAGAUUCUUCACUCAAAGCUAAAGAAAAACCCAUCCCAAACUAAAUUUCAUAUCGACUUUCAAUUCCCACAUUAAUAUAUACAUAUAUAUAUAGUUGCAAUAAAAUUCUGAGGGAAGAGAGGUUCAAUCGUAUAUAUUUAUAAUUCGAUCCAUUUCUCUGAAGAAAUUUUAGCCGUUUCAGAUUGUUCGGAGAGAUUAAUGUCGAUGAAUCUGCUGCAAUUUUGAUAAGAACCCUAAUUGAUGGGUUCUGCAGAAAUUAGGGUUUUGUAUUUGAUUCCUAAAUCUCUGAAGAAAAAAAAUCCCCCGUUUUUUUUAGCUACUGCUGAUUAAAGGGUUUAGGGUUUUUGUAAUUCGACGAAAGCCAUGAUUCCUCUGCUUUCGAUUUCGUUCGUUGUCCGAUUCGACGUUUCCGAUGAGGAAAAUCGUCUUCUUCGCAGUUUGGCGUCAGAAAUAAAUCAUUUUGCUAUUUAUUAUUAAUUAUUGCAUCGAAUUCUGAUUUAUUAGACGGAAUUCGCGAUGACUUUCGACCGCCGCCCCCACCGGAAGCUGCUGGGGGCCGCGCCGUCGGCGGGGGACGGCGGUAGAAGCCGCGCCGCCGGCGAGAAUUUCGACACGAACAUGGUGGUGAUUCUUGCGGCGCUUUUGUGCGCUCUGAUUUGUGCCUUGGGGAUUAAUUCGAUCGUCAGGUACGUCCUGAGAUGUGUACGGGCGGCGGAUUCCGGCGGCGGCGGCCGGGUGGACGGAGACGAGCCGGGUCCGCGGCGGAGAGGGGUGCAGAAUAAGGGGCUGCUGCGGCGGAUUCCGGUUCGGGUAUACGGAUCCGGGGAGCGGGUCGGGUCGACGGACUGUCCGAUUUGUCUGGCAGAGUUCGUCGACGGCGAGAAGAUCAGAGUGCUGCCGGAAUGCCGCCAUUGUUUCCAUGCCAGGUGUGUCGACGUGUGGCUGACGGCGCACGCCUCCUGCCCCACUUGCCGGCGGGUGCUCGUGGCGGAGACGGCGGGGAAUGCGCCGGCGAUUGGGGAUGCUCCGGCGACAGCCGCCGGAGCGUUUUCCGAUGAGGUAGGAUGACUCCAUUGAGAUUUUUCUUGUAAUUUUUUUUUUUUUUUUUAAUCUGUUAAGUGUGUGGAUAUGUUCUUACAAUUAUGGUAUGUUUUUGCUCAAUUUUCUUUUUUGUGUUGUUCCAAUAAAUUUUUAACACAAUUUUCUAUUA